CCUCAACUCCCAGCGCUCCCCCAGCCAUCAACCUCGCUUCGAGCCUGUAAACAUGAUCGACGACCAGGAUAUUGCACAUUUCAUCGACCUGACACAGGCUUCUGAAAGCCUGGCCCGCAAAUAUUUGACGGUUUCGGAUGGCAACGUUGAAGCCGCCAUCUCUCUUUUCUGGGACAAUGGCGGAGCGGACCUCGGCUCAGAGACAAUCCAAGACUCCCUUUCCGCGACGGACAUUGAUGCCUUUGGCUCCUCUGGGAUCGAUGAAAGCAGCCCCUUCAAUAUUCGUUCCCCCAUUCGCCCUAAAGCCGAAGUGCUCUACGGGAAUAACUCAGCCUCAGUCUCGGAGCCAUGGAUCGACAUGAGCUACCAGCCAUCUUCCGCCGCUGGCCAUUCGUUUCCUGAUCCCUUCGAUACCGCGUCAAACGAUGAGUCUGCCCUUCAGAUUGAUGAGUCAAUCGAUCCCCAAGCAGCCAAAUUGGCCCGCCUCUUCAAGCUCCCUUACGACAUCAUGUUUUCCGGCAAUUUUAAUAUGGCUCGGACAAAGGCUGAGAAGGAGAAAAAAUGGGUGCUUGUGACCAUCCAUGACCCCAACAACUUUCAGUGCCAAAUUAUGGUGCGAGACUGUUGGAACAGGCCAGAAAUGAAGGAGCUCAUCCGAGAAAACUUUGUGUUCAUCCUGAUGGGCAGGGAAAGUGCAAUGGCAGCCCAGUACAAAGUAAUGUACCAUGGCUACCAGGGCGAUCCCUUCGCGGCAAUCAUCGAGCCACUCACAGGCGAGCAAACCAAGUUCUGGUCUUGGAGUCUGGCCCCGAUGCACGAUGACUUCUACGGCAAUUUGAUAUCGUUCAUUGAUCGUGCGACUCAUCCUUCCCAAGAUACAGGCGCCUCGUCAAGGGUGGCUCCGAAGCGAAAGAUGUCUGUCAACGAUCUGACAGAAGACGAAGCCCUGCAGCUAGCGCUUGAAGAAUCACGAGUGGCAACAGCCUCAAGAAACAAGUACGAUGCCAUCCGCGUCGAUGACGAUGAUGGAUACAACAACGACGCCCUUGAUCACAGCGACGUUCACGAGGGCACAUACGUCACCAAGGAGGAUCACGAAGAUAAUUAUGGAAGCCCCAGCCCUGUAGCCGUUGACAUUGAUGCGUUCGACCAAAUCACUCCCAAGAUUGAGCCUGAGCCCUCAGCUGGCGACAUCUGUCGUGUCCAAGUUCGCCUGCCGGGUGGAGAACGUCUCGUCCGAAAGUUCCUGAAGACAGACCCGGUGGCUUCUCUGUUCGCAUUCGUCAAAAGCAAGCUUGAAGGUGCCCAGACGAAGAGAUUUGAGCUCUACAACCUCAGAGAGCCACUGCUUGUAAAAGCGGCUCAGUCGCUAAAGGAGGCAAAUGUCUGCGGCGCAUCGCUGCAGAUGGAAUACCUCUAGCGGUGAUCCAUUCGCCAAGCCAACCAAACCCAAAUACAUGCUUGGAAGCGCUCCGAUCGGGCCCGCAUAUUGUAACUCUCAAACUAUGGCCAGCACAUAUAAUCAAACCAGAACAAAACGGGGCAGUCACUUUCUGGCAUCAGCGACACAAGUCUUCUGAACUUCCGUAGACCCCAGUGGGCAAUCCAUGCGAUUGUUCCCGUCCUGGUUGGCAAUCUGGUUGAUUUGGUUGGAUUGGGGAGCAUGGUCUUGAAUACACUCGGUCGAUCCCCUGUGGCGAUUGGUAUGGGUGUGUCGGAGCGGGAGUGUGGGA